AUGGGGUUUAGUGUUCGCAAGGAAGAUGUUCGACGUGACCAUGAAAACAACCCGUGGCAACGUAAAUGGGUUUGCUCAAACCAAGGUUUUCGACGCGACAACUGGACAAACCUUCUAAACUGUAAGAAAAAACCAAGACCUAUCACAAGAACGGGGUGUCUCGCACUUCUACGCAUGAACUUGGACAGGACGAAAAACACUUGGGUGGCGAAAGACUUCAAUCCAAAACAUAAUCAUGAAUUAGCUUCGAAAAGGGAAUUGCACUUCUUGCGAUCUAAUCGAGCCAUACCAGAGUCAAUCGGAGCCCAGAAAAUAGACCUAUUUUGGGCUGAUGGAAUUUCCCGUCGUGAUUAUGCUUGUUUUGGGGACAUUAUGGCUUUCGACUCCACCUACAAGAAGAACUCAUGCAAUAAGCCCCUGCUUAUCUUUGUCGGGUUGAAUCACCAUUACAGGACAAUAGUCUUUGUAGUUGCUUUGCUAUAUGAUGAGACCGAGGAGACAUAUACUUGGGUUUUAGAGGAAUUUCUAGAGUGCAUGAAAAACAAACCACCUCCUGUGGUGGUCACCGACGGUGAUCAUGCUAUGGCGAAAGCAAUACAAAAAGUUUUCCCAACUUCUGUUCACCGGUUAUGUGCUUGGCAUCUUCAGAAUAAUGUAACUAUUAAUGCGCCUCAUCCUGUAUUCAAGUCCAAGUUCAAUGAACUACUUUAUCAAUACUGUACCAAGGAAGAUUUCGAGGAUACAUGGAAUAGAAUGGUUUCAGAAUUUGAAUUUGAGGAUAGUCGAUGGGCAACAACUACCUACAAUAGUAGGAGGAGUUGGACAGAAUGUUUCCUACGAGGGCAUUUCUUUGGGGGACUAAGAACUACUCAAAGAUCAGAGUCAAUUAAUUCCUACUUGUCCCACUUCCUGAUGAGAAAACUCAAACUUAGAGAUCUGGUUGGCCAAGUAGACAAGGCCAUACAAAGUAUUCGUCACACAGAACGGGAAGACGAAUUCAUCAGCAACCAUAGUACGCCACAAUUACCAUCGAACAUCCUCCGACAGUACUAUGAACAGGUGGCUUUGAUUUUGACAAGGAACAUGUACAAAAAAGUUGAGGAACAGAUCACGAGUGCCCUGGCUUACUCAUUGGACUCCACCAACGUAUCCAUUGACUUCAGAUUCUACUCACUGACGCGUUAUGAAGCACCUCAACAUACCAUGCAUUCCUGA